CAGGUGACAGUUGGUUGCCCGGCUGUGGCCGCCUCCGCAGGAGCCAGGCCGGGAAGAGGGGAGCGGCGCGCGCGCUCCCUCUCGCUCUCGCGGCGCCCCAAACAUGGAGGGCAGGGCGGCUGCGGCAGCCGGGCCGGGGCAAGCGGCCGCGGAGGGAGCAGGAGGACCCGGACCGGGCCGGAGACCCGCUCGCUUGGCGUCAGGGACAGCGGGGCCGGCAGCCGGCGCGGCGGUUGGGGGGGCGUCGAGCGCCGCCGGGUCUCGGCAGCCCAGCGUGGAGACCUUGGACAGCCCCACAGGAUCCCAUGUUGAAUGGUGUAAGCAACUUAUUGCUGCUACAAUUUCUAGUCAGAUUUCAGGUUCUAUGCCCACAGACAGUAUAUCCAGAGAGUACCGGGUAUACAGGAGGCCUACUAUAAGGGAGAUUCAGGAUGGACACAAUGGCUAUCCUUCUGACGCAGAAGUUGAUCAGGCACUGAGGGAUGGAAACAAACUUGCCCAGAUGGAAGAGGCUCCACUUUUUCCUGGAGAAUCAAUCAAAGCUAUUGCUAAAGAAGUCAUGUAUAUCUGUCCAUUUAUUGGAGCCAUCAGUGGUACAUUGACAGUGACAGAUUUCAAAAUGUAUUUCAAGAAUGUUGAAAGGGAUCCCCAUUUUGUUCUUGAUGUUCCUCUUGGAGUGAUAAACAGGGUUGAAAAGAUUGGAGUGCAGAGCCAUGGAGAUAACUCCUGUGGGAUAGAAAUUGUUUGCAAGGAUAUGCGAAAUUUGCGGCUUGCCUACAAACAGGAAGAGCAUAGACUGGAGAUUUUUCAGAACCUUAUUACGCGAGCAUUUCCUCUUUCUCAUGGGCUGCCACUAUUUGCAUUCAGCUAUAAAGAAAAGUUUCCCAUUAAUGGCUGGAAAGUUUAUGAUCCAAUAACAGAAUAUAAGAGGCAGGGCUUGCCCAAUGAGAGUUGGAAAAUAUCUAAAAUUAAUAGUAUGUAUGAACUUUGUGAUACGUAUCCUGCCAUCCUUGUUGUGCCAACUAGUGUAAAAGACGAUGACCUCUCUAGGGUAGCAGCAUUCAGGGCAAAAGGCAGAGUUCCAGUGUUAUCCUGGAUCCACCCUGAGAGUCAAGCUACCAUCACACGUUGCAGCCAGCCUUUAGUAGGCCCAAAUGACAAGCGUUGUAAAGAGGAUGAGAAAUAUUUGCAAACCAUAAUGGAUGCCAAUGCUCAGUCCCACAAGCUUUUCAUCUUCGAUGCCAGGCAGAACAGUGUUGCAGAUACAAAUAAGACAAAAGGUGGGGGAUAUGAAAGUGAAAGUGCCUACCCAAAUGUUGAGCUGAUCUUCUUGGAGAUCCCAAAUAUCCACGUGAUGAGAGAAUCACUACGAAAGCUGAAGGAAAUAGUUUACCCUACAAUUGACGAGUCUCGGUGGCUGUCCAAUGUGGAGAGUACACACUGGCUGGAAUAUAUACGGAUGCUUCUUGCUGGAUCAGUGAGAAUUGCUGAUAAAAUUGAAUCGGGUAAAACAUCAGUGGUGGUACACUGCAGUGAUGGCUGGGAUCGUACCACUCAGCUUACCUCUUUAGCCAUGCUUAUGUUGGACAGCCAUUACCGAACCAUCAAAGGCUUUCAGGUCCUCCUAGAGAAAGAGUGGAUGAGUUUUGGACAUCGGUUUGCCCUGCGAGUAGGUCAUGGCGAUCAUGAUCACGCUGAUGCUGACAGAUCACCGAUCUUCCUUCAGUUCAUUGAUUGUGUUUGGCAAAUGACAAAGCAGUUUCCAGCUGCCUUUGAGUUCAAUGAACUGUUCUUGAUCACCAUUUUGGAUCAUCUUUAUAGCUGUCUCUUUGGCACUUUUUUAUACAACUCUGAACAUCAGCGAAUAAAAGAGGAAAUCCCUACAAGGACUGUCUCUUUAUGGUCAUAUAUCAAUAGCCAACUAGAUGAAUUCAGUAACCCUUUCUAUGUAAACUAUGAAAACCAUGUCCUCUAUCCAGUUGCCAGUCUAAGCCAUUUGGAAUUGUGGGUAAACUAUUAUGUGCGAUGGAAUCCACGGAUGAGGCCCCAGAUGCCAGUUCACCAGAAUCUGAAAGAGCUGCUUGCCAUCAGAACUGAGCUCCAGAAGCGGGUGGACGAAUUGCAGCGGGAAGCAGCGACACGCUCCAUUUCUUCUUCAUCUGAUAGGGGGUCAUCUCCUGUAGCCACACCAGUGCACACCUCUGUCUGAUGCGUGACUAGAAUCAAGGUACAGUUCUGUUAUGAAUGCAUUCCGGGCCGCAGAAGACUUCCAUACCCACCUCUGAUCAGGGUGUUGUCACCUGAUCCUGCUGUCUCUCUGUUAUGCUGAGGACAACACGUUUUCCUGUGUGCAACACUGUAGAGGGUGGUGGUUGCUAGUUUCCCUUUGUGUCUCUUUGAUGUGUUUUCCUGAAUUUACAAUUGAAAAGUCAACUCUCUCCUAAGCGACCUACAACAAAACUCUGAAGUGGGGCAAAAAGCAUCUCCAAGGGAUGGUCAAGCCUGCCGUGAACUAGCACAUACAGAGUGAUCCAUUUCUGACAGGGGAACCUGAUUGGUUCUUUGGUACUUAAUAUAAUUGUUGGGUGUUUCUUUUAAUAAUAGCAGAAAUUAUGUUUCUUGGGACAGUUGUAGAUGAACUGAUGCACUUUGAAAUUAGUUUAAUUUUUAAUACUACAGCGAGUUUUAUAUUUUGAAUAAAGCCAUUUAAAAUGAACAGGAUUUGCCAACCUUGAGACACCUGAUAACUGUAAUAUUUUGGAAACCUGGAUUAUUGAAUAAUUAAUUUUUCAUGUUUUCUGUAAUUAUUGUCCACUUUCAUCCAAACUACUCAAAGACUGAACGUGGACUAUCUAUACGAAAUAACUAUGGCUUAGCCUGACAGUUAAAUUUGUAAAUUGCAAAUGCAAAUAUUAUUUAGCAUAUCAUAUCAAAAGCUGUAAGCACAAAGGAAUUUUCUUUGCUUACAAGUGUAUACAAGGCCAAACACUCUUCCAGUGGCAUCUGAAAAGACUCAAGUGUCCCUUUAGAGACACUUUUCAAGUGUUGGGAAGAUAGUAAAUUGUAAUUAUUGUGAUAGGUACGUUUUUAAGCAAAUUGGUCAUUACUGGUUUCUAUGAGACAAUAAAAGCUAUUGUGUUUUUCCAGUUGUUUGAUAGAUUUAGCAGUAGCCUUGAGUCCCAGUAAGAAAGGCACACUAUAAAAGAAGUAAAUGAAUAGAUUCAUUUUACCUGCAUUUCCUAUGACUGGCCAACUGAAGGCAUGGGUACCACAAGUGCUGUGUGUUUGUGGCACAGCUGGGUAGGGCGACCUACAUGCUAAUGGGCAGACCCAGGCCAACACUCCUGUGUGCCCCAUAUGUGCUGCAUUGCUGCUACUCCUUAGCUCUAAAGAUUGGAGCAAAACCACGGGGAUGGGGGAGGCUCUGUGUACUCCUUGCAUUGGAGAAUCUUACAUUUACACUUCACUUGCAACAGCUGGCAACAAAGUUGGCUGCCAUGCUUUGCCUCCUGCUCUUUCAUCACUGCUCAUUUCAUGCCUGAUUUCUUGUUUGUUGGACCACUUCUGAUCCAAUCUUAUUUUUCUCCACUCCACUUUACAAAUUUAGCCAUCUUGCCUACCUUAAGCACACGAGAUGGUGCAAUUCCCUUCACAUUAAGCCUGAUGACCAGAAUGUAUUGUGUUUGACAAGUCUUGAUGUGAUUACACAGGCAGCAAAAGCAGCACUGUCGCUAGCUGUUCCCCUGCUAUUUAGCAGAACGUGGCUUGCUCACAGCUCCCUAGAGGGCGAGUUGGGAUUGUUUUUGUGCCAUGGAUUCAGUCCUCAUGCAACCAUUUUCUGACACACGAGCAUUCUAACACCUGUCCAAGAGAUUAUUUUUUAUUGAUAGGUCUGUUUUUGAGGGCCGCUGUCAUAUUUUUGGAGUCUAGAAAAUGAAACUGACUUUAAACAUUUUGUGUUUCAAUCCAGAGAUCCAUGCAAAUAGUUCCACACAGUGAUAUAGUGUUGAGGGCCAUUUUUGAAAGAAAUGGGUCAAAAACCUGCCAGGGAUGUGUAAGUUAUUUAGCUUUGUGGAGUGCAGCCUGGCUUUUGCAAUUUUGCUUUGCGACUGAUGCACAUAUUAUUUUGACAGUAUCCCGUGUAACUAGUUGUCCAUAUGUAAAAGUAUUACUUUGCCUACAGAAGAUGUCCUGCCUUUGAUCAUUUCUUCCAGGAGAACAGGCAAGGCAACGUGAUGAUGUCAAUAAAGCAAGACAUCACCAAUCAUUUCCCUUCCAUUAAGAAACAUUUCUCACUUUGAAAUACGUACUGUAAAAGAAAAUUCUCAGAAGUGGGGUACAGGGAGGCCCAACUGCUUUAUCAUUCCAGGGAGACUGAUCCCUGCAUUGGCAGAGGAGACACUUUAAUACUGUUUUGUAUGCGAAACUAGUUCUCCAGCAUUGUGCAAAAUACACACUUACAAUGUUGUUGUACAAGUCAGUCUUCAGUUUAUUGUUUUCCAGUUUGUAGUUCAACGAUCAAGUUCAGAUUUCCCUCCCCCAUAAUUCUUAUAUGCACUUUAGCAAAAUGUGUCUGCCUUUUGACAGCAAAAUAUACAAUUUUCAUCUGGGACAAGUCAUUUCUGUAUUAGCAAAGGUAUGUAUUGCCUAAAUAAAAGCCUGGUUCUUUUGAA